AUGACUACAAUUGCUACAUUCACUAGAAACGUUUUGCUUGCCCUUGCCUUUGCCUUGGUUGCUGCUCAAGGUGCUGCUAUUCCUGAAGCCAACAAAAGAGACGACAGUCCUGGAUUCGUUGCUUUGGAUUUUGAAGUUACUAGAAAACCACUUGACUUGAACGCAACUUCUAAUGCCAUUUCCAAGAGAGCAUACCCAUCAUCUCCAUUGUACUUUGAAGGUCCAUCCUAUGGUAUUCGUGUGGCGGUUGGUUCCAACAAACAACAACAACAAGUGGUUCUUGACACUGGUUCAAGUGAUUUUUGGGUCGUUGAUCAAUCGGCAACUUGUCAAGGAACUCAAGAUUGUAAACACUACGGUACCUUCAAUCCUAGUGGCUCAAGCUCAUUCCAAUCUUUAGGGACAAGCUUCCAAAUAGGUUACGGAGAUAAAAGCUCUUCAAGAGGUACCUGGGCAAAGGACACUGUUUCUUUCGGUGGUAUUUCAAUCACAAACCAACAGUUUGCUGAUGUUACCAGUACUUCAGUCUCCCAAGGAAUCUUGGGUGUUUCGCGUGUUCGUGGUGAAAGUGCUAAUCCAGAAUAUGACAAUGUUCCUGUUACUUUAAAGAAGCAAGGAAAGAUCAAAACCAACGCGUACUCGUUGUAUUUGAACUCCCCAAGUGCAACCUCUGGAACUAUCAUUUUUGGUGGAGUUGACAAUGCCAAGUACUCUGGUAAACUCGUUGAAGAGCCAUUGACCGACAGUCAAUACUUGGCUAUCAACUUGCAGUCCCUCAACUACAAUGGUGACGCAGAGUCUGGAGGUUUCAGUGCUGUCUUGGAUUCAGGAACCACCAUCACUUUCUUGCCCGAUGCACUCGUUUCAGAUCUUGCUAACAAGGUAGGUGCUCAGUUGGAGCAAGUUGGUUUGGACAAUGAACUUUACUUUAUUGAUUGCAACUCAAACCAAGGUACAGCUUCAUUCACUUUUGACAAUGGUGCUCAAAUCAGCGUUCCAUUGUCAGAGUUUAUCCUUCAAAAUUCAGACGGAAGCUGUAUUUGGGGAUUGCAGAGCGCUGAUAGUCACAAUGUCCCGCCAAUCUUGGGUGACAAUUUCUUGAGACAUGCUUAUGUUGUUUACAACUUGGACAAGGAAACCAUUUCACUUGCUCAAGUAAAAUACACUUCUGCUUCAAGCAUUUCCGCAAUCUAA